AUCGCGCCAUUUGAUACAUUUUUUCUCCCAUUUUGGUUUGCUUUAUCGUUUGAAAGACCUUAAAACACAAAUGGACGAUAGCCUGUGACAAAAGUAGGAGCUUCAAAUGUUUGAAGCUGUCGGAAAGUGGACCUGGUUUAUCUAUUUGGAAGUUAACCUAAGACAGAAACACUUUGUAACUUUUCAAACCCCCUUUUUGUCUGUUGCCUGUUCAAGUUUGGAAAUACUCAUCGUUUAUUUUUUGCCAGAACUAUUUCUGAAGAAUAAAACUCUCAAGGUCGUAGCCUCAAGAAGAAAUAUUGUCUUUGGAUACAUGCAACCGAAGACAUUAGAGACUCUUCGGGUGAAAUUCGUCUUUUAUACUAUCUUGACUUACUUUGUACAUUACGAUUGAGUAACCAAGCUUUUUUGAGUAACACGAACUUGAGCAGCCACCCAUACCUUAUUUUAGUUUAAACCCGUACUCAUUUCUCAAAGGAUGGGUAUUCUUCUGUAUAAAUAGUGAUGGCCUAGACGACAUUAACUUCUCAAACGUGCUAUUAUAGUCUGUCGCCUUUGGAAGAUUUAGAGAAAGGAGCCCUACAAAAGCAUAUUUCUGCUAAGAAGGUCCUCCUGAGAAUCUUUACCGUUCUGUUGGUUCACGACAGUGGUGUAUUCUAACAAAUUUGGAAGGAAGUAAGCCCGUGUAGCGAUCGCUAGAAGGUAGUAGAUAGAUACUUAACAGGGGAGCAUUAUCUGCGACACUUCAUUCUCUGUAUAUCAAUAUAUUUUCAAAUUCUCUGGAUAUCUCUCCAGUAGUAUUAUAACACAUAUAAAUGCUCAUUUACUACCUCCUCUUGUUUCUAGACAAAGUCGCUCAACUCUUCUGAAUGAAGACCAAAAUCAAAGU